ACUUCACUUCAAAAUGCAAUUUCGCAUGAAAAGAGAAGCAGCUUUACUGCUGGUGGCAUCGACCUGAUGUUUCUCUGAAUGAUUGCUUUUCAUCAUCUUUGUGUACAUGUGUUUUAACAUGUAAAGGCGACUUGAUGCGGAUUGAUUAUGAUGCUGUUGGGGAAUAUAACUUAUGCGUCGCUAGUGCAAAAUCGUUGUAAUACUUUUUCAAUAUUGCUCGCUUUAAGUGUAUAGGUUCUGUUUGGAAUACAAUGUUGUUUUCAAUAGUGUGUGAAUUAUUAUGUAUGAUAUUAUGCCAAAUCACCAAACAGCCUUGAUCUAGUAGUGUUAUUGGCUUAGGUGUAACAAAUAAAGUUUCGAUAUACGCCGUGUCAAAUCGUUGCAAUGUAAAAUGGUGCUAGUAACGUUAGUUAAGUGGUGGAAUAAUGCCGUUUUGUGGUGGAAAACUUCACCAGAGUGCGUAAAUAGUGAGUGACGUCAUAGCGGAAUGGAAUAAGAUUCGAUUUUUACAACAACAAUUUGCAUCUUGUGAGUGACCAAUGGAGAAUCUUGAAAGAUUUCGUGACUUGGACUCGCCCUGGUCAUGGGUGGUUCUGGUCGCCAGUUUCGUUUCGCUGUUUGUGGUAGGCGGGACAAACUACAGCGUUGGGCUCGUCCAUAACGUUUUAUUGGACCGCUACAACGGGACGCAGUCGAGCACGGCGCUGGUGGGGGCCGUUUACACGUCCAUAUCCAAUGUUGCAGCCCCGUUGUCAAGUUUCCUUACAGACAGGUUCGGUGUCCGGCCUACGAUCAUGCUGAGCGGCCUCCUCUAUACGUCCGGUUACUUGGGAGCCGCCUUCGCUCCGACCUUGGCGACUGCAGCAGUUACGUGCGGUGUCAUAGCUGGAUUUGGAUGUGCAAUUUGCUGGACGUCCAGUAUGGUGGCGUGUAACUUCCACUUCCGGAAAUACCGUAACUUGGCCCUUGGACUCGCCAUUUCCGGCAGUGGCGCCGGCGUGUUUGGAGUACCUCCCAUUAUAACAUGGGCUAAAGGAUUUUACGGUUCAUUUGGAUUUUUUGUGACGUUGGCGUGUAUAACAGCUCAAUUAAUCGUAUGUGGAUUUGUCAUCCGUCCGUCAGACCUUGAAAUCUAUGCAAAGCGGAAACGCUCGUUGGAAAGUAAAAAAGGUGAACAUGUUAAUUUACUUAGAUUGUAUUUCAACGUUUUGAAGUCAAAAGUAGUUAUGUGCAUGAGUUUAAGUAUGUUGACUUUCUGCGCAGGCAUGUAUAUUGUGUUCCUAUACUUGCCAAGAUACUGUAUCAUCCAAGGGUCAACCGAGUUCCAAGCCUCCAAUCUAGUUUCCAUCUGCGGCCUCACUUCAUUGUUGGGACGGGUACUUACUGGAGCGAUCGCCAACACGAAAUUCUUCCAACCACGUGUGUCUUAUCUUUACGCGGGAAGCCUCGUCCUGCUGUCCGCUAUUUCGUGCACAUUCCCACUGUAUUCCAGCCGUUAUCCGGGCCAGGUGGCGUUCGCGGUGGUGUUCGGGCUGUGUUUCGGCACGCCGUAUACAGUCAUCAAUGCCGUGAACCUUCAGCACAUGGGGGUGGAGAGAGUCACCGCGGCCCUCGGGGUCGAGCUUUGCUUCUGUGGGUUCGGAGGAUUGCUCGGACCAGUUGUGGCAGGCCUUUCUGCUGACGCGGGAGCAACGCUUGGUCAGGUGUUCCUUAUUGCUGGCAUAUUUAUCGGGGUAUCGUCAGUGUUUGGUUUCAUCCCGAACUUCAUAUCAACUCGUGUAGACGGCGGAGCAGAUCUCACAACGUCUGAUAUUGAGCUUGAAGUUGAUGCAGACUCAAGGCAUAAGCUCAACAAACAACACGAAGAACAACAGGAGAAUGAUCAGAAAGACACGCAUUCAGAGAAGAUAAAUAUGCUUGAAAACGCAACUUGAUGUCAUAUUGUCGGAUUGUCGGUAUUGCUGUGCGAAUUCUACACAGGGGUAUUAACAUUAUUUACCUCCGUCUUCGGGUCGGACACAUUCGGCUGUGAACAUUCAACACGUGUUAGCCAGUAUAAAUAUAUAAAGCUUUAAAAUCUCUCGAGAUAAAUAAGCUCUUCCGGGCCGAUAUCGUCUAAUGGUUGUUCAGUUAUUAUUUAUUCCGUUAGACACGCCUCAGUUAUUCCAGUCAGUCUAUUGGCUAGUUAUUUUUACAGUCCAAUGAAAACACUCAGAGUCUACUCUUAAACUUAAGAUAGAUCUAAGUUGGUUAUUGAAUACAGUUGGUGAUAAUGAAUGAUACAUUUUUCAGGACUAAUUUGACAACCAAAACCACGGUGCUUUCAUCUAGUAGGUUUCCGUUGACUUUUCCAUGGCGGUUACCCAAUUAUUUAGCAAAAGACGAUGGUUGUGUUUAAAUAAAUAUGGGUUUCUUGUUUAUAUUGUAUUUUUAAGGCUUGUUUAAAAUGAUUUUUAUUACAACUAUGUAUAACAAGUUA